CGUCGAGUACUUAAACUCGGUCCUCAUGUUUCUCCAUCAGCUUUUGGUCAAGUGCAGAUAGUGAUCCUCACUGAUCCUCACACUACUACUGGUUUCUGGUUCAGUCUCUAAGUGGCCGUCGAAAAGAAGGAAGAGUUCACUCCAGCUCUACAUCCGCACUCUGAUCUUCAAAUCCUUUCUAUCAGGUUGCGGGCUUCAUGACGACUGCGAAAGGAUUAACGGUCUACAACAGCAUGGCAGCUAAUCUCAUUUUCGUCAUUCCGUUACUCUUGUCCACGACACAAGUUGUGCGUGGUAGUGCGGAUCACGAAGAGCAACUUCACUAUGAUGGUCCGGAAGGACCACAAACAUGGGAGGGAUCUUGCAACACAGGCAAGAUCCAAUCUCCGAUAGACAUUGUAAGACGUGAAGCAGCUGCUCAUCAGUUUCCGGGUCUAUGUAAAUUGCAUGUCGAGUACAACAGCGAAACACAGGCAACGGUCACCCACUCCGGUUCACAUCUUCAAUUGACAGUGGAAGGUGAUGCACCAUUCGGAAAGCUGUAUCUUCGUGAUAUUUACAAUCUGAGUGGAUUUCACUUCCAUUCCCCAAGUGAACACGAGAUUGAUUCGAUGAGUUAUGAUUUGGAGUUACAUCUAGUUCAUAAAACCGUCACUCAAAAUGGGCCUCAGCUCGCUGUUAUCGGCCUCCUGUACAAUGAAGGCCCUGAUGACUCGUCAACCGAUCAUUUUCUUCAACAGGUAUUUGAUGCUUUACCAUAUAUAAAGAAGCCAGAUUCUUCAGUACACACGUUGAAACCAGUCGACUUCUCUUCACUACUACCGGUAUUGGAUGGCCCAUAUGCUCGAUAUUCCGGAUCUCUGACGACGCCACCGUGCACUGAGAAUGUUACUUGGACAGUCAUCCUGAACCAGAAUCUGAAGAUGUCACCGAGACAGUUUCAAGCCUACAAGGCCGUUCUGAAGAAACCAAACAACAGGCCGCUUCAAGAUCUGGCGGGCAGAACCGUGAUGUACUCUCAGUAGUGAAGGUGAUACAAGUAUCACCUUGACUUGAUACAUGAUCACGCGCGUCUGUCGAUGUCGAUAUGAACAAUUUUCCAUUCUAACAUAUGUCAGAUUAAGGAAAAGGGAGAACAUUGUGUAAAAAUAAUACAUUGUCGUAAGUCCACUCUGUGGGCAAGAAGAUUGAGUGUCCUAGCUUGGUCAACUCCGUCUUAUGCUCGCCACAGUGUGUAAAAUUUCUUGAAAUAUAGCGCCAAGUUGGUUUGUACGCUCUAGAAUGUGGAUACUGACAAGGAAAUUCUUCAAAGAGGAAUUUCUUGCUAAUAAACAUUGCGAUUCA